UAGAGAACCUAAAAAAAACAGUAACCCCGUCCUCGACCAACAACGAGGAAGAGAUUUGCAUUUUACCGGCUAUUGUCCUUUCGAAACUUUCCCCUGUAAUAGUUAACACAUCGGUGGAUGGCUCCACUAAAGAAAUCGAAGAAAACGAAGAAAGAUUCAAAGAAGUUUAAGAAAAUCAAACACAAAAACAAGAAAAACAAGUCCAUUGGUAUUGUUGCAGUUGAGAACAAAGGAAGUAGUGAAUGCGAUUGGUGGGACAGUUUCUGGCACAAGAACUCACCAACCCCAGGUUGUGGUGUACCUUGUGAUGAAGAGGAUGGUUUCAAGUAUUUCUUCCGUGUUUCAAAGAAGACUUUUGAUUACAUAUGUUCGCUUGUAAGGGAGGACCUUAUCUCAAGACCUCCUUCAGGUUUGAUAAACAUUGAGGGAAGGCUUCUUAGCGUUGAGAAGCAAGUUGCAAUUGCGUUGAGAAGAUUGGCUUCCGGUGAAUCCCAAGUUUCAGUUGGGGCAUCAUUUGGUGUCGGGCAGUCCACCGUGUCUCAGGUUACCUGGAGAUUCAUUGAGGCGCUGGAAGAACGUGCAAAGCACCACCUUAAAUGGCCAGAACCUAGUAAGAUGGAGAUAAUCAAGUCUGAAUUUGAACAAUCAUUUGGAUUACCUAACUGUUGUGGAGCAAUUGAUGAAACCCACAUCAUAAUGACUCUUCCUGCAGUUCAAACCUCAGAUGAUUGGUGUGAUCAGGAAAACAAUUACAGCAUGCUUUUGCAAGGUAUCGUCGACAGCGAGAUGCGUUUUCUAGAUAUUGUGACGGGAUGGCCGGGGGGCAUGGCCACUUCGAGACUGUUGAAGUUCUCUGGAUUUUACAAACUCUGUGAAAGCGGUGAUCGUUUAAACGGAAAUGUCAAAGUGGUUGAAGGAGAAGAACUUAGAGAAUACAUUAUAGGAGGUUUUGGUUACCCUCUUCUUCCGUGGCUUAUUACACCAUAUGAAGGUGACGACCUCUCAGAUGCUAUGUUGGAUUUCAAUGCAUUGCAUGAGACUGCUAGGUCAGUUGCAGUGAAGGCUUUUGCGCUAUUGAAGGGAGGUUGGAGAAUCCUUAAUAAGGUUAUGUGGAGACCUGAUAAACAGAAACUCCCAAGUAUCAUCCUCGUGUGUUGUUUACUUCAUAAUAUUAUCAUUGAUUGCGGAGACCGAUUACAUCCUGACGUUGCGUUAUCUGGUCAUCAUGACCCAGGAUAUGAGGGACAGAGCUGCAAGCAGAUUGAAUCAACAGGGAGAUUAAUGAGGGACAAAUUAACUAAACACUUACAGGGCAUCUCUUCCCCAAGGAAAAAGAGGGCCUCGUCAAAAAGCUUUGCUUCAGACCAUGCUGAAGAUAAAAACGGAGUUCAGGUGCAAGAUCUUUCUGAAUGUAGAAGAGGCUACUUCAUGGUCCUUGAGUAUAUGUGAUGACUUACAAUUCAUACCAAAUCUGUUUAACAUGUCAUUUAGAACAAGCUGCAUUUUGCGAGACAAAAUUUCUGGUGUAGUGAUAAGCUAAUUGAUCUUGGGAGGAACAGUGAUGUGAAACAGAAAGCAAUCCAACAGUUACUCGUUCAAGAACGGUAUGCACCUC